CUUAGGUGCUUCUAUCUUUAAUAUCAACGCGGAGGAGCAAAGAAGCACUAUCAAUGCUCCUUCGAGGCGUCUGCCAACUGACUGACAAGGCAAUGGCUGCUGCCAGAUAUGCUUGAGAGCGGUGAGUCUUGUCAGCUCGAGAGUCAACCACAAACACUAGUGUGGAGUCGACCACAAUCACCAAUGUGGAAGUCGACCUUUUCGAAUCAAUACCACGGAUAACCGCAAUUGGUACCACGACAAGCAAUGGACCUUUCCCUGAACCUCGAAGGCACUCAUGUGCUCAUUACUGGCGGUACGGGAUUCAUAGGAUCUGCCACGGUUGAUGCACUACUCGCAGCAGGUGCCAACGUCACCUCUUUGGAUCUACGUCCCCCCCCACCUACGACGACUGCCUCCAGCUUCAGUUACAUCUCCUGCGAUAUUUCUUCGGAAGAUGCUCUGACCAAAGCUUUUGCCCUUGCAUCAGAGAAGCACGGUCCUAUAGCAUGUUGUAUAGCAUUAGCUUCACUCGAUCUCUCAGUGUUGCACCAUCAUGAGAGUCUGGCAGACAUGGUGGUGGAGCAGUGGCGGAGGACACACAAGAUCAACGUCGAGGGAACCUUCUUGACAGCCCGAACAUGGCUGAGACAAUUGAGAGAAUACUCAAAGGUCGACCAAGCAAAAGAACUCAAGAACGUGAGUCUGAUAAUCGUGGGAAGCGAAAGUGGCCAUUUUGGAGAAAGGGGAAAUGCCGAUUAUGCUUCUGGCAAGAGUGCCGUGCAGGGCGGGUUCGUCCGAAGCUUGAUGGGCGACGUAGCCCGAAUCUGGCCAGGAGCGAGAGUAAACGCCGUUGCUCCAGGACCAGUGGAUACCCCACAGUUCAAAAAUGAAUGUGCAGCGAAUCCAGACCAGCUUUGGCUAGAUGCCCAAGCUACGGUAGCACUUAAACAGCCAGUACCACCAGAGAGCGUGGCGAAGAGUAUAUUGUUCCUCGCUAGCGAGAAUUGGAGUGGUAGCAUAACGGGCCAGAUCUUGAACGUCGAUUCUGGGAAGCAGGGAAAGGUGAUGUGGAUGCAGAAGGAGUGCUGAGAAUAAGGUGAGACAGAGGACCGCACAGCAAACGCAAAGAGCAUUCAGGUGAGCCUCGUAGCGGUAAGGUCAUCCCGUCUGUGGUGCAUUGCAUGAUUGGUGGAUGUGGAAAGUGACACAAAGCCAAUGGGAUUAAUAUAGAGUCUAUAUACCUAUCGUAUUAAUUCUUUUUUAAUAUAUAUCCUUAUGAACAACUGAAGGCAGGAUAUCCUUUGGGG